GCGGCUUCUGUGCCGUAUCUGCUUCCGCUACUUGGUCUGUCAAAGAAUCUGCCAGCCGCUGGUUUGUGUGGUUGGGCACAGAGCUCGAUCGACGGCGCGGUGCUGAAUAACGAGCAGCUCUCUGCCGCCGAAUGCUUGGAUCGCAUGUUUGGUGUCGUUUUGGACUGGAGCAGGUUUCCGGUGGUCACAGUGAAGAGCGUGUCAGCGAGUAGCGUGCAGCCGGACGGCAGCUCGGCGCCGUCUCGUGCGGCCAAGAACAGUGUAAGCGUUGGGGACGUCAUGUUGAUGUGCGGCACUCUGCAGGAACGCAUCACGUUGGUGUCUUCGUGGGCAGGGACCAGCGGCGACGACGCCUUGGUCCAGAAAAUAAGACGCAAGUUUGCCAGAAAGGAUAACCCUGUGGCGGGCUUCGGCUUUCUGCGAAGGAUACGGAUCCAACACUACGUGCAGCUCGCGAUUCCGCUUCCCGCGGGACUGCAAUCCUUCGAGCAUAGCGACGGU